AUGGAAACUGAGGCAAGCGUUAAGCGUACGUACGUUGGAAGUUUGAGAUGUCAAAGGGAAUCUCUUCUAUUAGACGGUUUUAAGACAUUCGUUAUUUCGAGCGACCCUAUUGAGAAUAACGGCAAGAAAGCUAAAGGUGUGAAAAAAUAUGAGGUUGAAUUGCAGGACACAAUUCUUUUCCCUGAGGGCGGUGGACAACCCAGUGAUACAGGUUUUCUCAAACUUAUAGGUGAUGCACAAAAUGUAAACAUUCCGGUGGAUUACGUUCAUAGGGCAGGAUUGCAUGCAAAACAUGAGGUCGAUAGGCAUAUUGAGCCGGGAACAGAGGUAGAAAUUACGGUUGAUGCAGACAGGAGAUUAGAUUACAUGCAGCAACAUACCGGCCAGCACCUGCUCAGCGCCAUUUUAGAUACCAAGUAUAAGUUGAACACAGUAUCAUGGUCUAUGGGAGGCGUGCCCACUGAGAAAAAGCCUCAGCUUGAAAUAAACGAUUACUUUAAUUACGUUGAACUUGACGGAAAGUUGAGCUUUGAAGAAGUGAGUGAAAUCUCCAAGAUAAUUGAAGAUUAUAUCAUCCUCAAUCAUCAAGAUAUAUCUGUUGAAGAGAGUACUCCUGAGCAGCAAGCCGACGUCAAGACCCAUAAGGUCCCGGAUGAUUAUGAUCUUGAAAAAGGCAUUUUGAGGACCAUUCACAUAGGCUCGCUAGAUGCGAAUCCGUGCUGCGGUACGCAUUUAACAUCAACUAGUCAGAUUGGCUCUUUCCUUAUCUUACCCAAUCAGACCAACAUUAGGGGAAACAACUCACGUUUGUAUUUCAUAUGUGGUAAUCGUGUAGCCAAAUAUGGCCGUUUGGCAAAUGAAAUUCUCUUCAAAUCGAAGAAUAUUUUGAGCUGUCCUGAGCAAGAGAUAACAGGUAAAAUUGAAAAGAUGAAAGAUCAAAUACAGAAGUCAAGUAAACGAGAACAGUUUUGGAUGAAAGAGCUGGCUACCUAUGACGCUGAGAAAAUCUCGCAAAAGCUUAAUGACACUGGAAAGGCCUUCUUGCUUAGAGAUGAAUUCGGUGCGCUUGAUUAUCUUUUGCAAGUAUCUAAAGAGCUUUCUAGCACAAUUUCCAAUUUUUCAGAAUAUGAGAUUGUACUGUGUGGUCGUGAAAAACAAUCAGCCAGUGGCUCGUUGAUCAUAUUGUCAGAGUCAGGAGAUAAGAUAGUAAAAAUAAGUGACUCACUAUUUGCUCUUCUUGAAACUUUGAAAGGUGGUGGUGGCAAGAAGGGCGGUAAGUGGCAAGGAAAAAUUGCAAAUUUUUCUGACUCACAAUACAACGCCUCAUUGGACUAUUUGAGCACAAACUUUUGA